AUGGAAAAAGGCAACAAAAGGAAAAUAAAAGAUAACAACAUGAACAAAGAUGAGAACGAAACGAAUGAAAAAAAGAAAAAGAAAAGUAAAGUGGAACCGAAAUGUACAAAUGAAAUGUUUCAUAAUUGCCUGAACGUUCAUAACAAUGUGUUCAUGAAAUUUUUUAACGAAAAUAAACGAAAAUUUGAAAAAGUUGAUAAUAUUGAAAACAUGUAUAGAAAGAUAAAGACAAGUAUUAUUUCUCUAAACGUGUCAAAUGUGUUAAUGGAACACUAUGUUUCUUUUAUUUAUUAUGAAAAAAAUAAAAUCGAUUUUCUUCUCCCAGAGUUGGAUAGUAUAAUUAAUUCGUCCAAUAUAGACGUGCUGAAGAAUCUAAGUGAUUUAUCCUUUUACCCAAUUUACAACGAAACACUGCGAAAAAGAAUUAUGGAAUGGCUAGUUAAGGAUCGAGGAAAAAGCGAAAAUAACAAUGAAGAUGGCGAUAAUAUGAACGUGUCUUAUUGGUUUAGUCUGAACCUCCUUCUGACUUAUAUAAUUUACAAAAAUGACGAAUACUCCAGUUUUUCUUCCUUGAUUCAUCUUAAUUUAUGCCAGUGGAUGCAAAAUGACAAAAGACGGUUACACUUUCGACUGUUUACACUAAAAGGAAUUCUGAAGAGAUUCCUGAAUUGUUCCUUUUAUUUCAAUGAUAAAGAAAUAGCGAAGCUGAAAAAAGUGCAGGACGAGUGCACAUUAAAAGAAAACGAAUCGAUGGCUUUAAAAACCAUAUUGAUGAUUCUACAUGAAAGCGUUGAGUACCUAGAUGUAAGCAACCUGGUUGACAUAAAUGACAAGAAUUGUAUUUUUGAAUUGAUUAAAUUUUUUAUUGAAUUGGUAAAAAAGCCACUAAUUCAUUCAAUUCAUAUACUAUGUAUUAAUUACCUAAUAAAAAUUGUAAAAAAAUGUUAUGAUUUGAGGCUGACUUAUAAUAUUAAUGUAGAAUUAUACGAUAUCGGGCCGCAUGUUAACAUUUUUGUCAAAAUUGUGAAUUUAAUUUUUGCUAAAAUUUUAUUACUCCUAAAAGAUACAAAAAAUGAAGAAAGCACAUAUUGCAUCGAAGAAAUAAAUAAUAUGAACAAUUUAAUUAUUUUAUUUUUUACGAAUAUUUUAAAUAACUGUAUCCGAAUUAUUAUACCAGAAGUUUUAUUUAAUGAUCAACUCAAGCAUGAUUACUUGUCUCGCAAUGAAAGGUUGAACGACAGUAUGGAAGUUAAAAAUGUAGAAUAUCAAGUUGUGGCAAAUGCAUGCAAUCCCGUGUUCUCUUUCAUUGAGAUAUUGAUAAUUAACAACCAUGAUAGAUAUGAAAAGAAUAUAUUCAUUGAUUUAAUAAUAGUAUUAGUCAAGUUAUGUAGAAAAAUAGAAAAUAAAUAUAACAUAAUGAAAAUAAUGUGCGACGAAUUUAAGCUCUUUCUAAAGGGGGGUGACAGCAAGAAAAAAGACAUGAAUGAUUUGGAUAAAAAUUAUUUAAAAGUGCAUAAAAUUAGCAAGAAGAGAAUCGAUUCUAAUGCAAGCUUUACUCUCUCAGAUGAGUAUAGUUCCUCCGUAUAUUCUGAAUCGGAUCAGGAGCACGAAUGUGCUGAAAGGGGUGGAGAAGAUGGAAGAGAUGGAGCUGAUGGAAGCGAUGGGAGUGGUGGAGAACUUGAUGGGAAGAUGCGUAAAGAAGUGCUAGAUGCCGGAGAAGCUAAAGAAAAAGGAAAAGAAUUGAAAGAAAGUGAGAGAAAAGGUUAUAAUAAAGUAAAUAGAGGAAGUCUGACGAACCGAAUAAAGAAUAAAAGAAAGACAGUUUUAGUAGUGGAUCACAAAACAUACUCCAUUACAUACGAAUCAGCAAUGGUUAGAUAUUUAAAUAUUUUGAUAAAAUAUAUGAAUUGCGAAAAAUAUCAAAUAAGGAAUACUACACUGGAUUUGUUCUUAGCCUUGAUUAAGAAAAAAAAAACUAAUAGAAAUGAAUCAAUUUUUCAGAAAUUAUUUGAAUUAUUUUUAGAAAGAUUAGAAGAUCCUAACAUGGUUGUAAAGGCAAAGGCAAUUUCUAUUUUAGUCAUAAUGACUAAUAGGAAAUACCAUAGUAAUUCACUUAUUUAUAAAUUUAUAUUUAAUAAGACAAAGGAAAAAAUAAACAUGCAUAAAAUUAUAUCAGCAAAUAUAUUUAGUCAUAGAAGUAACAUCAGAAAAUUAACCAUACAAUAUAUAGAGGCUAUAUUUGAAACAUUAGUAGGGAAAAAAUUAAAUUAUAAAAUAUUCUUGGUUUUUAUUUCGAAUUAUAUGUAUUCUUUAUCUCUAGAUGCAAUGUCUUCUGUGAGAAGACAGGUUUUAUUAACUGUCAAUAAUUUUUUUAUUAUUAAAAGUGAGGAUGUGUAUAUCACCAAGAUGUGGAUAGCCAUCAUUUUUGGGGCUAUAACAGAUAUAGAAGAAACAAUAAAAGAUGAAACAAUUUCAAUUUUUUUAAACACGUUUUUAAAACCAGCAUUUCAAUGUUCACUUUUUAAUCUAAGUGAAAAUAAAAUAAAACAAGUUUUAGACAAAAAUAAGCUGACAUAUUUUAAGGCAAAUAAACAGGUAAGUUCAGAACCCCCAAGUAGAGGAGUAGGAGGAGGAGGAAGAGGGGCACGCGUGAAAAAUGGAAAAAAGAUUUACGAUGAUGAUCGUUAUGGUAAUGCGAAUAAUGAUGGUGGUGAUGAUGAUGGAGAUGAAGAUUAUUGUGAUUAUUCAGACGAAACUAUUGACAAGAUUGCAUUAUCAACAUCUACCAAUGCAGACAUAGUGAAGGAUGUCACAAACGAAAAAGGGGAUAGAGAAGAAUGCGACAAAAAUAAUGAAGGGGUGUUACUUUUAAUUGAUACUUGGAAGACGUACUUUGAAAAUGAUAUAAAUAAUUAUUUUCUAACCAUUUUAAAAACCAUGACAAAGUAUGAUUUACAAAAUUUUCAUCUCAUCAUUUUUUUAUUAAAGAGAAAGAAGAAUAAUACCCUCGAAGAUUUUAUCUGCCUUUUAAAUUCUUUUAUGUAUAAUUUGCGUUAUUUUUCAAUAAAAAUGUGGAAUAUCUUUAUUCUUGAUUUUGUUAUAGAAUUAUCCAGAGAAUAUCAAAAAUACAUAGACAUUGAAAAUGUUCUAUUCCUCUUGAGUAGAUGUUACAGAAUAUAUCUCAUGAGUACAGGUGACAUGUACAAUGCUGAUGAGGUAAUGCGAGGCAACGGGUUUGAAAAUGGUAAAGGAGAAACAGUAGAUCAAUGUGAAUGUGAAGAAGAUGAGAAAAGUAAGGAAAAUUCCAAAACAGACACACAUGGAUAUCCAUUAAAAGACGAAUUCAAUGAUAACAUCUUGUCGAAAGAAGACAUGUUAGAAGAAAUGAACACAUGCAGUAAGGGAAUUUUAAAGAAUAUCAUGAUGAAACUAUUUACUAUCGUUUAUAAUUUAUUGGAUAGCAUUGAUGAGCUGAAUGAGGAUUUGAUGAAAAGAAUGGAAUACUCAAUUUUACAUUUCAAAUGUCCUUUGUGCUUAAUAUAUAUAAUUUUAAAUAUCUUAAUUAAGAAGAAGAAGAAGGAGGAGGAUGUGAAAGAAUUUAUUGAUAAAUUAAAAUACAAAAUAUGUUUCUUUUUUGAAAUAAUAGAAUCCAUUCCUCACGAUAUGGUUUUUUGUAACAUCUUAGUCACAUUUAUGUUUUUAAUAAAGUAUUUCAAGAAGGCCGACAUGAUGCCGUUUCUGAUAACAGCUAGCCAAAAACUAAAAAAAAUUCACAGUCAUGGAAUAAAUGGUGUCGAUAAUGAAGAUGAUGGUGUUGGUGAUGAUGGUGUUAGUGAUAAUAAUAGUAAGAAUAAUAAUAGUGAUAAAAAUAAAAAUAGUGAUAACAAUAAAAAUUGUGAGAACAAUAAAAAUAGUGAUAACAAUAAAAAUUGUGAGAACAAUAAAAAUUGUGAGAACAAUAAAAAUUGUGAGAACAAUAAAAAUUGUGAGAACAAUAUUUUUAACCAUCAUGAUAGCAACAUCGUUAUGGUAAGGAACUGCAUCUAUUUAACACAAAGCGUUUUGUUAAUAAACACGGGAGUAAACAUUCGAAACGAUCUCUUUUUAAAUAUAGAAAGAGAGUUAAAAAAUAGCAAGACCUCUAUGAAUAUACUAAACAAUUUAAUUAUACUGACAUAUUACAUGAUUAUAAAUUUUGGUAGUUCGUGUAACAAAUUUGUAUUCAUUCUUUUACGGUUUUUUAAACAUGAUAAUUCUUUUAUUAGAUAUUUGUCAUUUUAUAUGAUAUCUAAAUUAAUAUCAGAAGAUUAUGUAAAAUUUAGUAACCAUUUUUUUUUUGCUUUCUUGUACCUACUUGGAGACAAAAAUGAAACGAUUCGAAAACAAUCUCUAUCUGUUUUUAAGCACAUACUUUUAAUAUAUAAUAAAACAAAUUUGAUAAAUUAUAUUAUAGAAUUUAUAUUCGUUUUGAAUAAUUUUUACAAUUUCAAACUUUGCAAACAUUUAGCUAACAUUGGUAAUAACUAUGAAAUAAAAAAUAAAAAAGACAGAUAUACAAUUUAUCACAUUUUGUUGGAAAAUCUUAAUAAUAAUGAAAAGUUUUCAUUACAACAGAAACUAAUUAAUGAAUACCUAAUUCAGUAUGUUUAUAAUUAUGAUAACUUUUAUUUUUCGGACGAGAAUGUGAAUGAGAAAAGAGGAAAUAAACGAAAUGUAAUUCCAUUAAAUGAUGAAGAUAAUGAAGGAUCUGUUUUGCAAGAUGUUCUAAAUAUCUUAUCAUCUAAAUUAAUGAAGAUUAAAAUUAAAAAAGAUUUCUCUAAAUUGGAAGAAAAAAAUAAAAUUAUUAAAAUUAGAAAUGUAGAAAAUAGUGUAAAAGUUCUUAAUGAUCUUAUGAAAAAUAUUCUAAAAAAAAACACUCUCCCAAUUUUAUUAUCCCUAAGAGCAAUCAUGCUAAAAGCAAAAUCUUUUUUUUACAAGUACAUGAAUAAUCUUAUCAUUUAUUUAUGUCUAGAUUAUAAGGAUUCACUUGACGAUCUUAUCCCAGAAAUACACACCAAAAAUGAACUUCUCAACGAUUUACAAAAUUUUGUCUACGUGGAUUUAAUUCAGGUGAAUACAGAUCAAGAUGAUCCAUUUAAACCAAAUACAGAAAUUGUAAACAUCAAUGUUAACUUUUUAGAAUUAUCUCAAAAUCAGGUAAUACAGCAGGACAUCGCAAGGGAACAUCAGAAAGAGAUAGACAGAAUAAGUGCCAUGGAUAACCAGUACAACGACAGUGCAAAUGAUUAUGACGAGGUUCACAAUGUGUUGCACGGGAUUCACGACAACGUUGGCGUGUCUUCCAACAAAAGGAAAAAAGUUAAAAGGGGUGCUUAA